AAAAAAAAAAAAACGAGUCUAAGAAGGAUCGUGGAAAGAAAGAAAAGCGGGACCAGAAGGGGAAAGGAAGGACAGAGAAGGGAAGAGGAAAUGAAGGGGAGUGGGGACUGGGGAGAGAGAACAACAAAAGGUCAAAAAUGAUGAAGAGGAAGAAAAUAGAGGAUGGUUUGUCCAGAAGGAGAGAGAGGAGGGGGGAAAGAAAGCGAGAUGAUAAUGGAGAUGAGAGAGAGGGAGAGGGAGAGGGAGAGAGAGAGAGAGAGAGAGAGGGAGAGAGGAGGAGGGGGGAAGUCAGAGAAGUCAGGGAAGUCAGAGAGGGCGGGAAAAAUGCGAGGAAUCGGAUUCUGGGGGGAAGAGAAAGAGUGAGUGUGAGGGUGAGAGACGAACCUACCUGGUGGUGUUACGGCAAGAAGAGUCUCAAGGCGACGACAUGGACGGUUCUUUUGUCUUCUUCUGAUUUUUCUUCUUCGUUUCCUGCUCUCUUCCUAUUCUCUGUUCUUUUCCUCAGAUCUUUCUUGCUUCUCGUACUAUUGCUUUCCCCCAAAACAAAACGAUAUAUCAGGUGGAUGAUGGAGGAAUGACGAGGGGUGUCCAGAUCCAACCAGUCGAGAUUCAGAAGAUCCCACAGGAGAAGGGACGGGAAUUGGAGGGAUCGAAGGAAUAAGGUAUUUAGCGGAGGAAUAGCGUCGGUUCCAAUGUUUGUAAGGGAAAGGAAUGAUCAAUCUGAGGAUUGACCAAGAAGGGGAAAAGGAA